UCUCACUUUCCAACCCACCAGGUCUGACAGUAUCAGGAGAAGAUGUCACAGGAUCAGUGAAUGACAAUUUAACCCUACCCUGCACCUAUACUGAUAAUGAAUAUCCGGACUUCAUGUGCUGGGGCAGAGGAGACUGUCCGCAGUUCGCCUGUAAUGAUACAAUCAUCUGGACUUUUGGCCACACACUGACUAAGAGCGAAUCUUACAGAUACCAGUUACUGGGGAACAUCAGACAGGGGGACGUGUCCCUGACCAUCACCGGGGCCACUAAAGAAGAUGAAGGAACCUACUGCUGCCGUGUGAAGAUCAAAAGACCUUUCGAUGACCUGAAAAAAGAAAUUGUAAUAAAGAUACUGGAGCCUAUGGAAAAUCUUGAAGAUAGAAAACUUACUGUGAACAGAUCUACAGAAGAGAUGACAGUAAAAGAUUCAGUGGAUUCCAGAGAAAAGAAUUUUCCUUCUAGUGCAAAUAUUAUUCGAGGAAUUAUAAUAAUUCUGUUUCCCCCUUUGUUCCUUCUUAUAUAUAUAUUUAGGUUUGGUUGA